AGUAGGUGGUACCCCCGCUGAAUCCGUCUUCCGCUCCGCGGCCGAUCUCUCCGUCGAAGCGAACAAAUCCCAAAGUAAAUGUCCGCUUUCUGAUUUAUUUCCAUUUCCUUCCGAGGGAAGUUGGGGCGUUUGUGAAGCGUCUCCUGCGGCCGGAGUCCGAUGCAUCGCUGAGAGGUAGGAGGAGACAUACGAAGGCGUGAAGUAUCGACAAGAAGCUCGGAGACCUCGGCCUUCACCCGGCCUUGUGUAGCUGGAUCCUGGACUUCCUGUCAGAUCGCCGGCAGGUGUUAUUGGAAGAAAACCCCCAACUGGAAGCAAACCACGACUGAAGACGAGGGAACAGCAACAAGUGAACCAGCCCGAGGAUUGAGAGCAUCAACUGGAGAGGACCCAUCUGACUCGGAGAUUCCAGUGAUUCAGUCAGGAGAAAGUUUGUCUCCCAACAGAUCCUUUCCCGAUCCCGUCAAGUUAUGAAAUCAGCCUUGGGCGAGGGACCGUACCUCCAGAGGAACUGACGAAGAGUGAGAAAAGGUUAAAAAUGACAAGGAAUUUGUCUACGGGAAUCUCGAACACAACAUGCCAGUUUUGCUGUCUUUGGCCAGAUAUUUAAGAAGUGGAGCAAGGGAUUCACUCGAUCAUCCUUCCUGCUCAGACUGUGGGGAGGGAUUCACUCGCUCAUCUGACUGAUUGGCACGCCCGUCAUUUUACACAGGGGAAGGGCCAUUCAUCUACUCAGACAGUGGGAAUGGAUUCACUCGGUCAUCUCAACUGAAGGUACAUCAGCAAGUUCACGCUGGACAAGGCCAUUCACCUGUUCUGUGUGUGAGAAGGGAUUCAGUUGGUCAUCCCACCUGUGGACACACCAGUCAGUUCACACUGGGCAGAGGCUGGUCAUCUGCUGAAUUUGUGGGGAAGGAUUUGCUUAGUCAUCUGACCUGAUGGCUCACCAGCAAGUUCACACCGGGGAGCGUCCAUUCACGUGCUCGGAAUGUGGGAAAGGAUUCACUCGGUCAUCUACCCUAAUGGCACACCAGCGAGUUCACACCGGGGAGCGGCCGUUCACCUGCUCAGACUGUGGGAAGGGAUUCACUCGGUCAUCUACACUGAAGGAACAUCAGCGAGUUCACACUGGAGAGAGGCCGUUCAUCUGCUCAGACUGUGGGAAGGGAUUCACUCAGUCAUCUACACUGAAGGAACAUCAGCGAGUUCACACUGGGGAGAGGCCAUUCACCUGCUCAGACUGUGGGAAGGGGUUCACUUGCUCAUCUAAACUGAAGGUACAUCAGAGAGUUCACACUGGGGAGAGGCCAUUCACCUGCUCAGACUGUGGGAAGGGAUUCACUCAGUCAACCGACGUACUGGUACACCAGUCAGUUCACACUGGGGAGAGGCCGUUCACCUGCUCAGACUGCGGGAAGGGAUUCACUCGGUCAUCCGAACUACUGGUACACCAGUCAGGUCACACUGGGGAGAAGCCAUUCAACUGCUCAGUCUGUGGGAAGAGAUUCAGUCGGUCAUCCACUCUGCAGAGACACCAGCGAGUUCACACUGGAGAGAAGCUGUUCAACUGCUCAGUCUGUGGAAAAAGAUUUGCUCAGUCAUCCCACCUACUGAGUCAUCAGCGAGUUCACACUGGGGAGAAACCGUUCACCUGCUCAGAAUGUGGGAAGGGAUUCACUCGGUCAUCCCAACUACUGGCACACCAGUCAGUUCACAUAGGAGCAGCCAUUCACCUGCUGUGAAUGUGGGAAAGGAUUCAUGUGGUCAUCUCAUCUGCAGAGACACCAGUGAGUUUACACCAGGUUGAGGCUGUUCAGCUGUUCAGACAUUGGGAAGAGUUUCUCUCAGCCUUCUCAAUCAAAUGUGCAUCAUUGAGUUCACACUGGGAGAGACAGUUCACCUGCCGUGAAUGUGGGAAGGGAUUCACUCAGUCAUCUAUCCUCGUGACACACUUCCGGGUUCAGACUGGGGAGAAAGUUUCAAUGAGCUGCAUGCUGGAUAUUUAUCCAUCACCGUUGCUGAAUGCAAUUUCGAGAGUGUUGGUGCUGAACUCUGCAAUUAUUGCUGCUGCUCACCACACCCAGUUCUGCACCCUGGUCACUGGGCAUGGGAAGAGUUUCUUCUGCUGCAUACUCACCUUUAUUGGGACUGGAGUUUAAUAUUCUGGAUGUGGGACAAAUAAAUCAGUUCUAUUUUAAACUCUGUCUCCGGUACUUAGUGAAUUUAUAACACACCCUAGUGUACAGUAGAGAGUCAACUCAGGAUGGCUGGACCUUGCCAGUGAUUCUGUUCCAUGACAGUCCUUUUAAAUCCUCCCCUGUUGUUCACCUCUCGCUCUCCCUGUGGUGAUGGGUUCCAAACAGUCACCACUCCGUGGGUGAAGAGGUUUUCCUUGAAUUUUCUGCAGACUGAAGAAGUCAAGUUGACUGCAAUUCUAUCUGAUGUGCCCUUCUCCCCUCAAAUCUCUGGGCUGGGGAAGAAUGACAUUGGUAGUUAACCUCCUCAUUCAUGGCUGAUAUACACAUUAUGGGUCAUGUUCCCUGCUUCUGAAGAGUUAACAUAGAAACACAGAAAACCUGCAGCAGAAUACAGGCCCUUCGGCCCAUAAAGUUCUGCUGAAAAUGUCCCUACCUCAGAAAUUACUCGGGUUACCCAUAGCCCUCUAUUUUUCUGAGCUCCAUGUACCGAUCCAAAAGUCUCUUAAAUUAUCCUAUCGUAUCUGCCUCCCCCACUGUUGCCGGCAGCCAAUUCCACCCGCUCACGACUCUCUGUAGAAAACACUCACCCCUGACAUCUCUGCUGUACCUACUCCCCAGCACCUUACACCUGUGCCCUCUUGUGGCAGCCAUUUCAGCCCUGGGAAAAAGCCUCUGACUAUCCACACGAUCAAUGCCUCUCAUCAUCUUAUACACCUCUAUCAGGUUACCUCUCAUCCUCCGUCUCUCCAAGGAGAAAAGGCCGAGUUCACUCAACCUAUUCUCAUAAGGCAUGCUCCCCAAUCCAGGCAACAUCCUUGUAAAUCUCCUCUGCACUCUUUUUAUGGUUUCCACAUCCUUCCUGUAGUGAGGUGACCAGAAUUGAGCACAGUACUCCAAGUGGGUUCUGAAUAAGGUCCUAUAUAUCUGCAACAUUCCCUCCCGGCUCCAAACUUCAAUCCCACAAUUGAUGAAGGCCAAUACACCUUAUACCUUCUUAACCACAGAGUCAACCUGCGCAGCUGCUUUGAGCGUCCUAUGGACUCGCACCCCAAGAUCCCUCUGAUCCUCCACACUGCCAGGAGUCUUACAUUAGUACUACAUUCUGUUAUCAUAUUUGACCUACCAAAAUGAACCACUUCACACUUAUCUGGGUUGAACUCCAUCUGCCACUUCUCAGCCCAGUUUUGCAUCCUAUCAAUGUCCUGCUGUAACCUCUGACAGCCCUCCACACUAUCCACAACACCCCCAACCUUUGUGUCAUCAGCAAACUUACUAACCCGUCACUCCACUUCCUCAUUCAGGUCAUUUACAAAAAUCACAAAGAGUAAGGGUCCCAAAACAGAUCCCUGAUGCACACCACUGGUCACCAAUCUCCUGGUUGUUCCCAGCUGGGGAUCAGCUAUUCUGGAUUUGGUGUUGGGUAAUGAACCGAUUUAGAGCAUAAAAAAACAAAAGAACCCUGAGAGGCAAGCGAUCUUAAUAUAAUUGAAUUCACCCUAAAAUUUGAGAAGGAGAAGCUCAAGUGAGACGUAUCAAUAUAACCAUGGAAUAAGGACAACUGCAGAGGCAUGAGAGAGGA